ACAAAUACUUCGAUGUAUAAUAUAGAAUCCCAAAAUGAAAUCGAUUAUCUAACCAGAUGUAUAUUAGACAUACUUCACUUGCCACUAAACCAUUCAGCCGAUUAUGUUCACACUCCAAAAUUUAAGAUAUCUAAUUUUAGA